GCGCCGUCCUCUCACCCUAGCCAAUCCCCAAAUCCCCUAAAGCGCAGACGCACACCACCAAUCAACCAAUCAACCAACGCGAGAGGAGAGUGCACCACCACCAGCGCAAACCGUCAUGGCCGUCGCCCCCGCGUGGGCCAAGCCCGGCUCCUGGGCCCUCGCCGCCGAGGAGCAGGACGACCUCCCCCCGCCGCCGCCGCCCGUCGUCCCCGCCGCCGACUUCCCCGACCUCGCCACCGCUGCCACCGCCAAGGUCCCCAAGAAGAAGAAGCCCAAGGCCGUCUCCCUCGGCGACUUUGCCGCCGGCAAGUUCGUUGCCCCCGCCUCCCGCAGGGACCCCGGCCCCAUGGAGCUCCCCACGGGCCCCCGCGAGCGCACCGAGGAGGAGCUCGCAAACGCGCGCGGCUUCGGGGCCGCGCGAUGGGGCGGUGCCGGCGGCGGCGGCGGCCCCCGCUCCUCCGACGAGCCGCGCCGCGGCGGAUCUGGCUCCGAGGACUUUGGUCCGUCGCGGGCCGACGAGGCGGACGACUGGGGCGCCGGAAAGAAGCCGCCAAUGGAUAGGAGGGAGAGGAUUGGAGGGUUCGGUGGGGACCUCUCUGCUCCGCGUGCCGAUGACGUCGACGACUGGGUGUCCGCCAAGAGGUCGGCACCCGCCCCGUACCCGGAGAGGAGGGAGCGCGUCGGAGGCGACUCGCACUCGCGCUCUGAUGACUCCGCGAGCUGGGUCUCCAGCAAGAGCUAUUCUGCACUGCCGCCCCCUCCUGCUGAUGGCCGGAGGGGUGGCCCGGUUUGGGGUUUCAACCGGGACGGAGGCCCAGAUACAGAUUCUUGGGGGAGAAGGAGGGAGGAGGUGACCAAUGGUGGGGGGAACAUGGCUGGCCGGCCCCGCCUGAACUUGCAGAAGCGGACCUUGCCGCUUGCCAAUGGCAUUGAUGGAGAGGAGGAUUAUAAAGAGAAGGGAGAGGAGCGACCCAGGAGCAGGUCUUCAAACCCGUUCGGGGCAGCCCGCCCACGCGAGGAGGUGCUUGCAGCAAAGGGGGAGAACUGGAGGAAGGAGGAGCCUAAGGUGGAGAAGUUAGAGAUUCAACCAAGAACCAGGUCAUCCAACCCGUUCGGAGCAGCUCGCCCACGUGAGGAGGUGCUUGCUGAAAAGGGAGAGGAUUGGAGGAAAAUUGAUGAGAAACUUGAGGCGAUGAAGGUGCGGGAGGCACCGCCGGAGAGGAGGUCCUUGGGGAGGAGGGGUUCUCCUGUCGCAGGAGAGGAGAAUGGGAAUGCUCAAGGACCAGAGAGCCGUGCUGAGAGAGCUUGGAAGAAGCCUGAUGCAGUUGAUCCUGCUAAAGAAUCUGAAGAAGGAUCUGAAACUACUGACAAGAGUGUGCCAGCAAAUUAAUCCUACGCCAGUACAUGGUGCGCAGGCAUUUUACAAUCUGAUGGUCCAAAGAAUUCAUCUACUAAAUAUAUUAGCUUGUUUUAUGUUUGUUACUCGUGCGCGGCGGCAGUUGUAACGCUGAGUCAAUUUUGGGUCUGCAAUUCUUUGUUCUAGUAUCUGGAAAAAAUGGUGUCUUGAAUUUUGAUCGGGUAUUGCGUCUCAAGUCUUACUGGGGUAGUGUUAUUUAUUGUCAAUUGUCAUGCUAUGUUGACAUGGGGAUAAUGCCUGGAAGAUGUUUCUUUAUUUCGGUGCAGUAUACAGUUUGUAGGUUAGUGAAUUAGUUUUGGUGACUCUUCUAGUGUUUUCAUUUCUGGAAUUGUCAUUGUGAUACUCAUAUACAGCCCGCAGGCAAAGUUAAACAUCAAAUAGUUAACUUCUUUUCCU